CAUGAUCGCCGCGGCUUUCCUAGUCCUGCUGAGACCCUACAGCAUCCAAUGCGCCCUCUUCCUCUUGUUGCUUCUGCUGGGCACCAUCGCCACCAUCGUCUUCUUCUGCUGCUGGCACCGCAAGCUCCAGAAAGGGAGGCAUCCGAUGAAAUCGGUCUUUUCGGGCCGUUCCCGGAGCCGAGAUGCUGUUAUGAGAUCUCACCACUUUCGUUCCGAGGGAUUCAGAGCAAGCCCUCGGCACAUUCGGAGAAGAGCUGCAGCCGCCGCCGCUGCCCGUCUGGAAGAAGUAGUGCCCGUGGUGGAAGUUCACCAGCAGAGUGAGCAAGAAAUUUCAGUGAGGAAACGGAGAAUCAAGAAGAACAGCCGGGUCCAGCCAGAGUUCUAUCACUCCGUUCAAGGUGCUCCAGCCAGAAGGCCUAGUUCCGGGAACGCGUCCUAUCGCUGCUCGAUGUCUUCCUCUGCGGAUUUUUCCGAUGAGGAGGAUUUCAGCCAGAAGUCGGGCUCGGCCUCUCCAGCUCCCGGAGACACCUUGCCCUGGAAUCUGCCCAAACAUGAGAGAUCCAAAAGAAAGAUCCACGGGGGCUCCGUGCUGGACCCCGCCGAGAGGGCUGUGCUGCGGAUCGCAGAUGAACGGGACAAAGUUCAAAAGAAAACGUUUACAAAAUGGAUAAAUCAGCAUCUCAUGAAGGUUCGAAAACAUGUGAAUGAUCUUUACGAAGACUUAAGAGAUGGACACAACUUGAUCUCUCUCCUAGAGGUUCUUUCGGGGGACACCUUGCCAAGGGAGCGAGAUAUUUUGAAGACCUUACGAUUGGUGAGUGCAACAGAAGCAUGCGCAUAUGAACAGCAUGAGGAUGUGGAGGAUGAGGAUAAGGGGCCCAGAGAGAAAGGGCGGAUGCGUUUUCACAGACUACAGAAUGUACAAAUUGCACUUGACUAUUUGAAAAGACACCAGGUGAAAUUGGUGAACAUCAGAAAUGAUGACAUAACAGAUGGAAAUCCAAAAUUGACCCUGGGAUUAAUAUGGACAAUAAUUUUGCACUUCCAGAUCUCUGACAUCCAUGUCAGUGGAGAAUCAGAGGCGAUGUCGGCGAAAGAGAGAUUGCUCCUGUGGACUCAGCAGGCCACCGAGGGCUAUGCUGGAAUUCGGUGUGAAAAUUUCACGACUUGCUGGAGAGAUGGAAAACUGUUCAAUGCCAUCAUUCACAGAUACAGGCCGGACCUGAUAGACAUGAAUACUGUUGCUGUUCAAAGCAACCUUGCAAAUUUAGAACAUGCAUUUUAUGUAGCAGAAAAAAUCGGUGUCAUUAGACUUCUUGAUCCUGAAGAUGUUGAUGUCUCCUCACCUGAUGAAAAAUCAGUAAUAACUUAUGUGUCAUCCCUCUAUGAUGCAUUUCCCAAAGUCCCAGAAGGUGGUGAAGGCAUCGGUGCAAAUGAUGUUGAAGUCAAAUGGAUUGAAUACCAGAAUAUGGUGAACUACCUCAUUCAGUGGAUUAGACACCAUGUGACCACCAUGUCUGAGAGAACAUUUCCUAAUAAUCCUGUAGAGCUAAAGGCACUUUAUAGUCAGUAUUUACAAUUUAAAGAAACAGAAAUUCCACCAAAGGAGACAGAAAAGUCAAAAAUUAAACGCCUCUAUAAAUUACUAGAGAUUUGGAUAGAAUUUGGCCGCAUCAAACUCCUUCAAGGUUAUCAUCCAAAUGAUAUUGAAAAAGAAUGGGGGAAACUCAUUAUCGCCAUGCUCGAGAGAGAGAAGGCACUUCGUCCUGAAGUAGAAAGGUUGGAAAUGUUGCAGCAGAUUGCUAACCGCGUUCAGAGGGACAGUGUCAUCUGUGAAGACAAACUAAUGCUUGCACGGAAAGCUCUCCAGAGUGAUUCUAAAAGAUUAGAAUCAGGGGUGCAGUUUCAGAAUGAAGCAGAGAUUGCCGGGUAUAUACUUGAAUGUGAGAACCUUCUACGCCAGCAUGUAAUUGAUGUUCAGAUUCUAAUUGAUGGAAAAUAUUACCAGGCAGAUCAGUUGGUACAGAGGGUUGCAAAAAUGCGCGAUGAAAUUAUGGCCUUAAGGAAUGAAUGUUCUUCCGUGUACAGCAAAGGGCGCAUGCUGACGACGGAACAGACAAAGCUCAUGAUAUCAGGAAUCACUCAAAGCCUAAACUCAGGAUUUGCACAGACCUUAAAUCCCUGUCUGAACUCAGGGCUGACCCAGAGUUUAACACCGUCCCUGACUUCUUCAAGUGUGACCUCAGGCCUGUCAUCUGGCCUGACCUCCCGACUGACUCCCUCUGUCACUCCAGCUUACACACCUGGCUUCCCAUCAGGAGUGGUUACACACUUCAGUUCAGGAGUAGAGACAAAUUCAUUGCAAACGCCAAAACUGAUGCAGAUCCGAAAGCCUCUUGUCAAGUCUUCCCUGCUGGAUCAGAACUUAACCGAAGAGGAAGUAAACAUGAAAUUUGUUCAGGACCUUUUAAAUUGGGUGGAUGAGAUGCAGGUGCAGCUGGACCACACUGAAUGGGGGUCAGAUUUGCCAAGUGUGGAAAGCCAUCUAGAAAAUCAUAAAAAUGUCCACCGAGCUAUUGAAGAAUUUGAAUCUAGCCUUAAAGAAGCUAAGAUCAGUGAGAUCCAAAUGACGGCACCGCUUAAACUGACUUAUACAGAAAAGUUGCACCGAUUAGAGAGUCUCUAUGCAAAACUUUUGAAUACAUCCAGGAAUCAGGAGAGGCACCUUGAUACACUCCACAAUUUUGUGACUCGUGCAACUAAUGAACUUAUAUGGUUGAAUGAAAAAGAAGAGGAGGAGGUUGCUUAUGAUUGGAGUGAAAGAAACACCCACAUAGCUCGGAAGAAAGACUACCAUGCUGAAUUAAUGAGAGAGCUUGAUCAAAAAGAAGAAAACAUUAAAGCAGUGCAGGAGAUAGCAGAGCAGCUACUUUUAGAAAAUCACCCAGCCCGGUUAACUAUUGAGGCCUACCGAGCCGCAAUGCAGACACAGUGGAGCUGGAUCUUACAGCUCUGCCAGUGUGUGGAGCAACACAUCAAGGAGAACUGUGCUUACUUUGAGUUUUUUGAUGAUGCCAAAGAAGCUACUGAUUACCUAAAGUAUCUAAAAGAUGCCAUCCAGCGGAAAUAUAGCUGUGAUAGAUCAAGUAGCAUUCACAAGCUGGAAGACCUGGUUCAGGAAUCAAUGGAAGAGAAAGAAGAACUUCUGCAGUAUAAAAGUACAGUGGCAAGCCUGAUGGGAAGAGCAAAAACAAUAAUUCAGCUGAAGCCAAGGAACCCUGACUGCCCGCUCAAGACUUCUAUUCCAAUCAAGGCUAUUUGUGACUACAGACAAAUUGAGAUAACUAUUUUCAAAGAUGAUGAAUGUGUUCUGGCCAGCAACUCUCAUCGUGCUAAGUGGAAGGUCAUCAGCCCGACUGGGAAUGAGGCAAUGGUCCCUUCUGUGUGCUUCACGGUUCCCCCACCAAACAAAGAAGCUGUUGAUUUUGCAAACAGAAUUGAGCAGCAGUACCAGAAUGUCCUGACUCUUUGGCAUGAGUCUCACAUAAACAUGAAGAGUGUGGUAUCCUGGCAUUACCUCGUCAAUGAAAUUGACAGAAUUCGUGCGAGCAAUGUGGCUUCUAUAAAAACCAUGUUACCUGGUGAACACCAACAAGUUCUGAGUAAUCUACAGUCUCGAUUUGAAGAUUUUCUGGAAGAUAGUCAGGAAUCCCAAAUAUUUUCCGGCUCAGAUAUAACACAACUAGAAAAGGAGGUUAAUGUAUGUAAGCAGUACUAUCAAGAACUUCUGAAAUCUGCAGAAAGAGAGGAGCAGGAGGAAUCUGUUUAUAAUCUUUACAUCUCUGAAGUUCGAAACAUUAGACUUCGGUUGGAGAACUGUGAAGAUCGGUUAAUUAGACAGAUCCGAACUCCACUGGAAAGAGAUGAUUUGCAUGAAAGUGUGUUGAGAAUUACAGAGCAGGAGAAACUAAAGAAAGAGCUGGAGCGACUUAAAGAUGAUUUAGGAACAAUCACAAAUAAAUGUGAAGAUUUUUUCAGUCAAGCGGCAAAUGCUCCGUCAGUUCCAACCUUACGAUCUGAACUCAGUGUGGUCAUUCAGAGCAUGAACCAAGUCUAUUCUAUGUCUUCUACCUACAUUGACAAAUUGAAAACUGUUAAUUUGGUAUUAAAAAACACUCAGUCUGCAGAAGCUCUUGUAAAACUCUAUGAAACUAAACUGUGUGAAGAAGAAGCAGUGAUAGCUGACAAGAAUAAUAUCGAAAACCUAAUAAGUACUUUAAAGCAAUGGAGAUCUGAAGUAGAUGAAAAGAGAGAGGUGUUCCAUGCAUUAGAGGAUGAGUUGCAGAAAGCUAAAGCCAUCAGUGAUGAAAUGUUUAAGACAUACAAAGAAAGGGACCUUGAUUUUGACUGGCACAAAGAAAAAGCAGAUCAAUUAGUUGAAAGGUGGCAAAAUGUUCAUGUUCAGAUUGACAACAGGCUACGAGAAUUAGAAGGCAUUGGCAAAUCCCUGAAAUACUACAGAGAUGCUUAUCAUCCUUUAGAUGACUGGAUUCAGCAAGUGGAAACUACUCAGAGAAAGAUUCAGGAAAACCAGCCUGAAAAUAGCAAAACCCUAGCCACACAAUUAAAUCAGCAGAAGUUGCUGGUGUCUGAAAUAGAAAUGAAACAAAGUAAAAUGGAUGAAUGUCAGAAAUAUGCAGAACAAUACUCAACUACAGUGAAGGACUAUGAAUUACAGACGAUGACAUACCGCGCCAUGGUAGAUUCACAGCAAAAAUCUCCAGUGAAGCGCCGAAGAAUGCAGAGCUCCGCAGACCUCAUUAUUCAAGAGUUCAUGGAUCUCAGGACCCGGUAUACUGCUUUGGUUACCCUCAUGACACAGUAUAUUAAAUUCGCUGGUGACUCAUUAAAGAGACUGGAAGAGGAGGAGAAGUCACUGGAAGAAGAAAAGAAAGAACAUGUUGAAAAAGCCAAAGAAUUACAGAAAUGGGUAUCAAAUAUCAGCAAGACUCUGAAAGAUGGAGAGAAGGCUGGGAAAUCUCCCUUCUCUAAGCAAAAGAUUUCCAGUGAGGAAAUAUCAGCUAAGAAAGAACAGUUUUCUGAAGCACUUCAAACCAUGCAGCUGUUUUUGGCUAAACAUGGAGAUAAAAUGACAGAUGAAGAAAGAAAUGAAUUGGAAAAACAAGUGAAAAGUCUUCAAGAAAGUUAUAAUUUAUUCUUCAGUGAGUCUCUGAAACAGCUCCAAGAACCACAGACUUUAGGAGAUAGAAAGGUAGAGGAGAAGCUGGAUAAAGUGAUCGCAGGCACCAUCGAUCAGGCCACUGGAGAAGUCCUUCCAGUUUUUCAGGCAGUUUUAAGAGGCCUCAUUGACUAUGACACAGGAAUCAGGCUGCUUGAGACACAGCUAAUGGUUUAUGGUAUCAUUUCACCAGAAUUAAGAAAAUGUUUUGGCCUCAAAGAUGCUGAAAGUCUCGGCCUUAUUGAUGAUCAAGUUCUAUGCCAACUCAAAGAACUCAGUAAAACAAAGGAGCUAAUUUCUGCUGUGUCAUCGACCACAGUUCCAGUGCUCGAUGCUCUGGCUCAAGGGGUGAUAUCAGAAUCCAUGGCCAUCAGAGUUCUUGAGAUACUGAUUUCCACAGACUUUCUAGUUAUUCCAACCACAGGAGAACGGUUGACCCUCCAGAAGGCCUUCCAACAGAACUUGGUUUCCUCAACAUUAUUUUCUAAAGUCCUGGAAAGGCAAAAUAUGUGCAAAGAUCUUAUUGAUCCCUGCACCUCUGAAAAAGUGUCAUUAACUGAUAUCAUGCAGAGAAGUAUUUUGCAGGAAGGCACUGGGAUGCGUCUUCUUCCUGUGAGACCACAAGAAGGCGGCAGAAUAACAUUAAAAUGUGGAAGGAGUAUAAGCAUCUUACGGGCAGCUCAUGAGGGUCUCAUCGACCGUGAAACCAUGCUUAGGUUAUUAGGUGCACAGCUGCUUUCUGGAGGUCUUAUCGGUUGCAACACUGAUCAAAGAAUGACUGUUGAAGAAGCUAUGGCAGAAGGGGUGAUUGACAGAGAUACUGCUAACAGUAUCCUCACGUAUCAGGUCCAAACAGGUGGCAUUAUGCACUCAAAUCCGGCUAAACGUUUAACAGUGGAUGAAGCUGUGCAGUGUGAUUUGAUAACUUCCAGCAGUGCUCUUUUGGUACUCGAGGCUCAGCGAGGCUACGUUGGACUCAUUUGGCCUCACUCUGGUGAAAUAUUUCCUGCAUCAUCUUCCUUGCAGCAGGACUUGCUUACAAAUGAAUUGGCAUACAAAAUUCUGAAUGGCAGGCAGAAGAUUGCUGCUCUUUAUAUUCCAGAAACUUCUCAAGUCAUUGGUUUAGAUGCCGCGAAGCAGCUUGGAAUUAUAGAUAGUAACACUGCCUCAAUUUUAAAAAGUGUAACCCUUCCUGAUAAGAUGCCAGAUGUGGGAGAUUUAGAAGCUUGCAAAAAUUCCAAAAGAUGGCUGUCCUUUUGUAAAUUCCAGCCAUCUACUGUUCAUGAUUAUAGGCAACAGGAGGAUAUCUUAGAUGGAGAAGAUUUGGUGGCAACUGAGAGCUCAGAACAAACUAAAAAACUCUUUCUGUCUUAUUUGAUGAUAAAUAGCUAUAUGGAUGCAAACACAGGACAAAGGCUUUUGAUGUAUGAUGGGGACUUGAGUGAGGCAAUUAGUAUGCUACUAGAAGACUGUAAUGUAGAGCAUGAUGAAGACAUACUCCAAAAAGACUCUCUUGAUGUCUUAAGACUCCCAGGUGGAUUUCUGAGUAAUUCUCCAAGCAAAGAAAAGGAAGAACCUAUAGCUUCACCAACUAGUUUUGAUAAAAUUCAUUGCAAAGAACCUAAGCAAAAAGAAAUCCCUGAAAAUAGAAACCAUGGCACAGAUGAAGACUUUCAUGAAGGGGAAACUAAUGUUUUCAAUAGUAAAUUUGAUCAGUCAAAAAAGGUGUCAAAUGUAAAAGGAAUUGAACAUGAAAUUGAGACUUUAUCUAGUGUAUGUGUUCCCAAUUCUGUAUCACAUUUAAUACAGCCUGAACGUGCAGAAGGUAACAUGUUUAAACAAGACUCUGAACACCUUCAAAAAAACUGGGAAAGCCAAAGACAAGUUGAAACAGAUGAACAUUCAGAUGAAUGUUAUCGCACUGAAAAUGUUAAAAACUUUGCCAGUGAUUUGACAGAAAAUCAUAUUGCAAAAUCAAAAACUAGUAGAAUAUGCGAUUUGGUUAAAACAGACAAUAAAGAUGAUGUAAAGAAGGAUUUGACUAUGUUUAAUUAUUCUCCAAGGUUAAGUGCCUUAUUAAGUCAUGAUAAAUUGAAUUACCAGGGGAGUUUUAGUGCUGAAGUCAGCACAGAAGAAAAUGGAAAUAAAUGUGAAGAUGCUGCAUUGCCAGUCAGUAACCAGACUAUCAGUGACCAAAACAUGUUACGGGGUCAAUGCACGGGAGAAACUUUUCAAGAUCAUUUCCUGGGAAUUGCAGCUAUUAACAUCAGUUUACAGGAAGAACACUUUGAUCAAGAACCUUUAUGUAUUAAUUGUAGUGAUUCUCAAGCACAAUAUCAUAAUAAGUUGAUCGCGGGUAGCUAUGAUGAAGAUGAAAAAAUGCAUGCUGUUUCUCAGCAGAAAUCUGAGGACAAGCUAAAUGAAUCCAGUAUGAAGACUGACUCCCAUGCCAUGACUUCAGGGAGUGAUACUGAUCAUGUCAUCAGUGCUUCUUGUGCUUCUGGUGUGCCAUUACCUGAAGAGACUGCCAGUGCUGGUGACUAUGAAACAUCAUUACUGGACACACAGCAGAGUGACACAGAAACAGACACUGGUAGUGAUGAUGACUUUUAUGACACGCCCUUGUUUGAAGAUGAUGGUCAUGACAGUCUGCAACCUGGAGACUAUAAAACACAGCAGGCAGAAAGUGAUGAGGCUGCUCCUUGCGGUGCUGGUUCCCAAGAUGUUUCAAAAGAGGAUGAUAAUUCUGUUGCUACCAAGAAGGAAGUAGUUGAUCGGUCAGGUCUGAGGGAGAGAGCACAGUCUCUUCAGAAUCUUGUCCCAGCUAGUGAGUCCACUGACUUGGACUCUGGUGGAAGAAUGCACUUAAAUUUAGGUGACUCAUGCAACAUGAAUGAGCAACCGGUAGAAACUAUAUUAGGUGGAAAAACUACAAAUAACCAUGAAGGGGAUAAGUCUGACUCAUUGACUGAUUAUAGAUUUGUUGAAAGAAAAGAGCGCUUCAGUGCCUUGUUCGAUGAUGACACCGGCUGUUGGAGAGAGAGUAGGAAAGAGUGUUUAACUGGGCAAGAAUUAAAUUCUGAUUCUAAAUAUUUAGAUUCUGUGCAGAAUGAAGACAGUUGUUGGGAUUAUAAUUGUGACAGUAAUGAUCAGGAUGAUGAUGAUGAUGAUGAUGAUGAUGAUGAUGGUGAUGACGAAAGAGGGAAUUAUGAGAGAGGGAAUUAUGAGAACAAACAGUCCGUGUGUCAUAAUAAGGAUGAAGAUGGGGAUGUUAAACUCUGUGCCGAAGUCAUAAAUGUAAAGGAAAACAGUCAUGACAACCAAAAUAUUAAUAAAAUGUUUCUUCUGGAUAAGAUGCCGAAGUGUAGCUCCUUAGAAAAACAGCCUGACUCAACUAGUGAAAGUACUUUAGUUACAGAAAGAAGCAACGCUUCAGAAGAUGCAACUGAGGUAGUUGGGAAAACUGAAAAAUAUCUAUUGAAUAAUGAGAUGGUUCCUAAAGGUACAUUGCUGCCUGUCACUAAAGAUGCUGGUUCAGAAAACACCCUUCAGCCUGUAGGGUUUGUCCAUAAUACUACUGUAAGCUCAACUUCCAGAAAGGAUAACGAUUCUGUGAAUAUACAGAAUAAGUUGACUCAAAACCCAAAAUCCACUGAUUCUGUGAAAGGUGCAGAUCAAUAUUUUGAGAAUGAGAUGCCUCAAGUUAAUUCAUCUUUUAACAGAAGCAUGAGUUCUGAGCCCCACUUAGUACGAAAAUCUACUGAGGAUAGCCACUUGUCAUCCAUAGCCUUUGUAACUGACAAAGAUCAUCCAGAAAAUCAAAGGGAUGUCAUUCAGAAAGAUCACCAAAAUAAUAUACUAAGAGAAGAUAGCGCUUCAAUUCAUGCUAAGUGCUCAGGAGAAGGAGCAGAGCAUAUAGAAGGUCUAGUAGACAAUGAAUAUCUCAAGCAUGUGCCUUGUAACUCUGUAAAGGACUAUCUUGAUUCAGUUAACAGCCAAGCCGCUUUUCCACCAAGUGAAGAAGAUACUCAGAAUGGAAGCCUUGAAAGAGCAAUUGAAACUUUUAAAGUUGAACCAAAAAAUCUACCAGAAAUGGUUAGUGUAAGUCCUCUUCGGUUUGAGAAUCUUGAAAGAGUAUUUGACUCAUCGGUUUCUAAAGAGAUCAGUGAUGGAUUUACUUCAGACACUGUACCAUCGAAAGGGAAUACAAGUGUGAAGAAAGGGUCACCGGAUGGUGAGUGUGGAAAGAGGCUUGAUCUGUGCGCUAAUGUAGGACAUGAUACUGAAUCUAGGAAAACAAAAGAUGUCCUAAAAACAAAUGAAGAUAUCUCAAGUUCUAUUCUAGUCGAGCCCCCUCCCAUGCAAGAAUACUUAAAAUUAGGAAUUAAUGCAGAAAAUAAGGCAGCUUCCAUACAAGGAAACACACAUAGAAGUGAGGGGGAACAAAGGAAUGAUCUUUUAAAUGUAGAAAGCAUCUUAGAGGGAGGAGUAGAAAUUCCAGGAAAAAGUGAAUGUGCACCUUCAAUUUUACCUCUUAAAAAUACGGAAGGCCAUGGGGAAAAUACUGAUUUUGUGUCAGCCAAACUCUGUACAAAUGAAAUAAGGAAUGGCCACUCCAAUAACACUUUAAGCACUAAUGAUUCUUAUUUAGAAAUUAAUAACAAAAAGGGAGGGAUUGAACUGCAGCCACAAAAAGAACAAACUUUAUCUCCUAACCUGCAAGGAAAGGGAGAGACUCAGCUUCCUGAAUUGUAUGAGGUUGUGGGUGAGAAUGGAAAUGAGAGUUUGAAAAGUCCAUUGAAAGAAGGCAUUACCAGUCCUCAAGAGGUGGGAGAGCCUUUAUCCUGUGCAGACACAAAAGCACUCCUGCAGAAUUUAAUGAAGAGAAUUAGUACAUCACAGUCAGCAAGUGAAGCAUCAAGUGGGUCCAGCGACUCAAAACUCACUGAUGCUUCUGGAACUUGUGACAUGAAUAACUUACCAAUACUGAAGGCAGAAAGUAGAGAUGAUCCAUUGUGUAUGGAAAAUCUUAGAUCUGAGCUUCUGCUUGAUCUACUGAAGCAAAAUCAGCAGAGCCAAAAAAUCACAGAAACAUUUGAAUUGAUGAAGGAGCUCACUCAGAUAGAUUAUGGUCUUGAGAAAAGGGGUAUUACAUCCCAAGGACUUCCCCUACAACUGGAAACUAUUUUCUACAAGCUGCUUGCGGAUAGAUACUCCGAGAAAGUAGAACACAUUGGAGAAUUGAAGGAAACAUCAUCCAUUUUGGAGACAAAAGAUGCAAAACCGUACAUUCUUGAUGAUCUUAAAAACAGAGAAGGAAACUCAUGUGCCAAGAAUGUACAAAAUGCUGAUGAAAUUCAACUAGAAAAUUCUACUGUGUGUGCAUCAGCAUUGCCACGAGAUGAGAAAUUUGAGGAACUAUGCAGGGAUUUCCCGGACCAGGUGGAAUAUAUUUCCAAGUCCAAAGAUCCGACUCCUGGAAAUAACUCCACGGAACCGUUCUCCAGUGAGUUGCAGCAGUGCUUACAGUACACAUCAAAAAUGAAUGAGUAUUUGGUUUUGCUUCAAGAUAUGAAGCCUCCCAUAGACAACCCGGAAACUCUGGAUAAUAAUCUUGAAGAUUUGAAGAAUCAACUUAAACACCUAGAGAUGUUUGAAUUGGGAUUGGCUCCAAUUGCUGUUCUUUUGAAAAAAGACAUGAAGUUGGUAGAAGAUUUUUUGAAGUCUCUCCCCCGAGACUUCCCUAAAGAACAUCUCGAGGAACUGAAUCUAAGCCACCAGAGUUUACAGAUGGCCUUCUCUUCCCUCAGCAGCGCGGCUUCAGAAAAAAGGAAACACAUUAUGGUUGCAAUUGACUCUGAAACGUCUAAAUUAGCAAUCACCCAUGAAGAAUUUCUGCAUAAACUCGAGUCAUUCUCCCAUUGGAUAUCAGCGAAGAGCAAAUCUGUGAAGGAUAUGGAGUCUAUAAGUGUUCAAGACACUGAAGGUGUAAAGAAAAAUUUGGAUUUUCUCAAGAAUGUGCUAAAGAACCUUGGACACACCAAAGUGCAGCUGGAGACGACGGCCUUCGAUGUGCAGUUCUUCAUUUCUGAAUGUGCACAAGAUCUGUCUCCUGGCCAGAGCAAGCAGCUACUGAGGCUCUUAAAUUCAACCCAGAAAUGUUUUCUUGAUGUGCAGGAAUCAGUGUCUACCCAGGUGGCACAUUUAGAAACUCAGUUACAGCUAGAACAAGAUCUUGAUGACCAGAAGACGGUGGUAGCGAGACAGCAGGAGUACAAGGAGAAGCUCCAAGGGAUAUGUGAUCUCCUCACCCAGACAGAAAACCGGCUGAUUGGUCACCAAGAAGCCUUUGUGAUUGGAGAUGGCACAACUGAGUUAAAGAAGUACCAGUCCAAGCAAGAGGAAUUACAGAAAGACAUGAAAGGAAGUGCACAGGCAUUGGCAGAAAUAGUGAAAAACACAGAGAAAUUCUUGAAAGAGAAUGAUGGAAUAUUGUCUACAGAAGACAAGGCUUUGAUUGAACAGAAACUUAAUGAAGCAAAGUCAAAGUGUGAACAGCUUAAUUUGAAGGCAGAAGAGUCAAAAAAGGAGCUGGAUAAAGUUGUGACGACAGCAAUCAAGGAAGAAACUGAAAAGGCUGCCGCUGUGAAGCAGCUAGAAGAGAGCAAAACCAAAAUAGAGAAGCUUCUGGACUGGCUGUCGAAUGUUGAGGAAGACGCGGGAAAGGCAGGGCUAACCCAGAAGCGGGUCAUCGAGCAGAAUGGCACUCAUUUUCAAGACGGUGAUGGCAAGUCUGAGAUUGGAGAAGAGGAUGAAGUUAAUGGGAACCUGCUGGAGACGGACGUCGUCGACGGGGUUCUUGAGAGCCCCGAGGAGAAUCUGAACCAGCAAUACCAGAAAGUUAAGGCCCAGCACGAGAAGAUCGUGGCUCAGCAGCAGGCGGUCCUGAUGGCCACGCAGGCAGCCCGAGCCUUGCUGGAGAAGCAGGGCCAUCACCUGUCUCCUGAGGAGAAGGACAAGCUGCAGAGGAACAUGACGGAACUGAAAGCGCAUUACGAAACGGCACUGGCCACGUCCGAGAAGAGGAUGAAGCUGACGCACUCCCUGCAGGAGGAGUUGGAGAAGUUCGACGCCGACUGCAGCGAGUUCGAACAUUGGCUGCAGCAGGCAGAGCAGGAGCUGGAGAACCUGGAGGCGGGCGCCGAUGACUUCCAAGGCCUAAUGGCCAAGCUGAAGAGGCAGAAGAGUUUCUCUGAAGACGUCAUCUCUCACAAAGGCGACCUGAGGUACAUCACCAUUUCUGGAAGCAGAGUCUUAGAGGCGGCUAAAUCAUGCGGCAAGAGAGACGGCGGUGACCAGGAUGAUAUCGACACUUCUGCAACCCACAGAGAAGUCCAGAGCAAAUUGGAUCAUGCCACCGAGCGGUUCAGAUCUCUCUACUCCAAGUGCAGUGUCCUCGGGAAUAACCUUAAAGAUCUAGUGGAUAAAUAUCAACACUAUGAAGAUGCUUCCUGUGGACUUCUCUCAGGGCUCCAGGCCUGUGAGGGGGCAGCAAGCAAACACUUAUCUGAACCCAUUGCUGUCGACCCGAAAAAUCUGCAGAGGCAACUAGAGGAGACGAAGGCGCUGCAAGGACAGAUAUCAAGUCAGCAGGCUGCUGUUGAGAAACUGAAAAAAACAGCUGAGGUCUUGUUAGAUGCCAGGGGGUCUUUACUGCCCGCUAAGAAUGAUAUCCAGAAAACAUUGGAUGAUAUUGUUGGGAGGUACGAUGACCUGUCCAAGUCCGUUAAUGAGCGAAACGAGAAACUCCAGAUAACUCUGACCCGCUCGCUGAGUGUCCAGGAUGGCCUGGAUGAAAUGCUAGACUGGAUGGGGAGUGUGGAAAGUUCUCUGAAAGCACAUGGCCAAGUGCCCUUAAACUCUGCUGCUCUUCAGGACAUCAUCAGUAAAGACAUUUUGUUGGAGCAAGAUAUUGCAGGUCGUCAGAGCAGUAUAAAUGCCGUGAAUGAGAAAGUGAAAAAGUUUAUGGAAACAACAGACCCAUCAACUGCGUCCUCGCUGCAAGCCAAAAUGAAGGACCUGUCAGUCCGGUUUUCAGAAGCAAGUCAUAAACACAAAGAAAAACUUGCCAAAAUGGAAGCACUGAAAUCCAAAGUAGAACUCUUCGAGAAUCUUUCAGAAAAGCUGCAGACUUUUGUAGAAAAAAAGUCUCAGGCCCUUACUGAGGUAGAUGUACCUGGAAAAGAUGUCACUGAAUUGUCCCAGUAUAUGCAGGAAUCCACCUCUGAAUUUUUAGAACACAAGAAAGAUCUUGAAGCUUUACAGAAUCUCUUGAAGGAAAUCUCCAGCCAUGGUUUGCCAGGGGAUAAAGCUCUGGUUUUUGAAAAAACAAAUAAUUUGUCCAAGAAAUUCAAGGAAAUGGAGGAUACCAUCAAAGAAAAAAAAGAAGCUGUAACUUCUUGUCAAGAACAGAUGGAUGGUUUCCAAGCACUUGUUAAGUCAUUAAAGUCCUGGAUGAAAGAAACAGCAGAGACAGUGCCCGUUAUACAGCCUUCUUUCGGGGCUCAGGAUUUAGAGAAAGCUUUGGAAGAAACUAAAAAAUUACAAGAACAGUGGAGUUUGAAAGCAGCAGAGAUUCAGAAAGUAAACAGCAGUGGGAUCUCGCUAUGUAACCUCAUAAGUGCUGUGACUGCCCCUGCGAAGGUACUGGCCACAGUUAUACCAGGUGGAGUAAUGUUAAACGGUGAAGGAACAGCCAUGGAUACUCAGGGAAUUUUGGCAAAUAAAGGAUUAACAUCCAUCAAAAAGGACAUGACUGACGUAAACCAUACUUAUGAAGAUCUUGGCCUCUUACUUAAGGAUAAAAUAUCAGAAUUGAAUGCUAAACUCUCCAAAUUGCAAAAGGCUCAGGAAGAAUCAAGUGCAAUGAUGCAGUGGCUCGAGAAGAUGAACCAGACGGCAGCCAAGUGGCGUCAGGCACCGACCCCAACAGACACAGAAGCUGUGAAGACUCAAGUUGAGCAGAAUAAGUCAUUUGAGGCAGAACUUAAGCAAAAUGUAAACAAAGUGCAGGAGUUGAAGGACAAAUUGACAGAGCUUUUGGACGAGAACCCAAACACUCCCGACACCCCCAAAUGGAAGCAGUUGUUGGCAGAAAUAGAUCACAAGUGGCAAGAACUCAAUCAAUUAACAGUAGAUAGACAACAGAAACUGGAAGAAUCCUCUAACAAUCUAACCCAAUUCCAAACCAUUGAGGCUCAGUUAAAACAGUGGCUUGUGGAAAAGGAACUGAUGGUCAGUGUGCUGGGGCCCUUGUCUAUUGACCCAAAUAUGCUAAACACACAAAAACAGCAGGUGCAGAUUUUGCUGCAAGAAUUUGACACUCGGAAACCUCAGUAUGAGCAGCUAACAGCAGCUGGCCAAAGCAUUCUGAGCAGACCCGGUGAACACCCUUCUUUCCAUGGGAUUGUGAAAGAGCAACUGGCAGCCAUCACCCAGAAGUGGGGCUGCCUCACAGGACAGUUGAGUGACAGAUGUGACCGGAUUGACCAAGCCAUUGUGAAGAGCACACAGUAUCAAAGCUUGCUGAGAAGCCUCUCCAGUAAGCUGAACGACUUGGACAACAGACUCAGCAGCAGUGCGGCUGUGAGCACCCAGCCCGAUGCAGUGAACCAGCAGUUGGAAACAGCCCAGAAAAUGAAGCAGGAAGUGGAGCAGGAAAGGAAGCAGAUAAAAGUGGCCCAGACCCUCUGUGAGGAUUUGUCAUCACUGGUGAAAGAAGAGUACUUGAAAGCAGAGCUCAGCAGACAACUGGAAGGCAUCUUAAAAUCAUUUAAGGAUAUCGAACAGAAAGCAGAGAAUCAUGUCCAGCACCUUCAGUCAGCCUGUGCCAGUUCUCAUCAGUUCCAGCAAAUGUCUCGAGAUUUCCAGGCUUGGCUGGAUACAAAGAGAGAAGAACAAAAUAAGUCCCACCCAGUAUCAGCCAAACUUGAUGUCUUAAAGUCACUAGUUGAAGACCAAAGGCGAUUCAGUGAAACUUUGAAUGAUCAGUCUAAUUAUGAGAAAACUAUUGCAGAAGGUGAAAACCUGUUACUAAAGGCCCAGGGCUCCGAGAAGGCGGCCUUACAGUCGCAGCUCAAUACCAUCAAAACCAACUGGGAUGGGUUCAAGAAGCAGGUGAAAGAAAAAGAAGACAAAGUAAAAGAUGCAUUGGCGAAAGCCCUCAGAUAUCAAGAACAUGUAGAGACUCUUCGGCCGUGGAUAGAAAAAUCUCAGAGUAACCUGGAGGAAAUCAAAUUUUGCUUGGAUCCUGCUGAAACUGAGAAUUCUAUUGCCAAGUUAAAAUCUCUGCAGAAGGAAAUGGACCAACACUUUGGGAUGGUUGAAUUGCUCAACAAUGCAGCCAAUAGCCUGCUCAGUGUCUGCGAGAUCGAUAAAGAGGUUGUUACAGAGGAGAAUAAAUCGCUGAUCGAGAAAAUGGACAUGGUCACUGAGCAACUUCACAGUAAGAAAUCCUCCCUGGAGAACAUGGCCCAGAAGUUUAAAGAAUUUCAGGACGUGUCCAAGGAAGCUAAAAGGCAGCUUCAGUGCGCCAAGGAGCAGCUGGACGUGCAUGACUCCCUUGGACCCCAAGCUUGCAGUAACAAACACCUGACGAUGCUGCAGACUCAGCAGAAAUCCCUGAAGACUUUGAAGCAGCAAGUUGAUUUGUCUCAAGAACUCGCACAGGCCCUUGUGCUGGAAACAUCGGAUUCCAAGGGAACCUCUGAUAUCUUACUCCAGGCAGAAACCUUAGCUCAAGAGCAUCGCGAACUCAGCCAGCAGGUGGAUGAGAAGUGUUCAUUCUUAGAAACAAAGCUUCAGGGCAUUGGGCAUUUCCAGGAUACCAUCCGGGAAAUGUUUUCUCAGUUUGCAGAGUUUGAUGAUGAACUCGAUAGCAUGGCCCCGGUGGGCAGAGAUGUUGAAACAUUGCAGAAGCAGAAGGAGGCUAUCAAGGUCUUUCUGGAAAAACUGGCAGCACUCAUUGCAAGCAACGACAAUGCCAAUAGAACCUGCCAAAUGAUGCUGGCUACCGAAGACACCACUCCUGAUCUUGUUGGGAUCAAAAGAGACUUAGAGGCUCUCAGCAAACAGUGCAACAAGCUGCUGGACCGGGCCCAGGCCCGCAAAGAACAGGUGGACGGGACAAUCGAACGUGUCGAGGAAUUCUACAGCAAGCUCAAAGAGUUCUCUACUAUGCUUCAGAAAGCCGAAGAACAUGAAGAGUCUCAGGGGCCCGUUGGUAUGGAAACAGAGACCAUUAACCAACAGCUUGAUGUAUUCAAGGUAUUCCAAAAAGAAGAGAUUGAACCUUUGCAAGUUAAACAGCAAGAUGUAAACUGGUUGGGUCAAGGCCUUAUUCAGAGUGCUGCUAAAGGUGCCAGCACCCAGACUUUGGAGCAUGACCUGGAUGAUGUCAAUACAAGGUGGAAGACACUUAAUAAGAAGGUGGCUCAGAGAGCAGCCCAGCUGCAGGAGGCCCUGCUGCACUGUGGGCGGUUCCAGGAUGCCCUGGAGUCCCUGCUCAGCUGGAUGGUGGACACUGAGGAGCUUGUGGCCAAUCAGAAGCCCCCAUCAGCAGAGUUCAAAGUAGUGAAGGCCCAAAUACAAGAACAGAAGCUUCUCCAAAGACUAUUGGAUGACCGCAAAUCUACUGUGGAAGUAAUCAAACGAGAAGGAGAAAAAAUUGCAGCAACCGCAGAACCUGCAGAUAAAGUGAAGAUCUUGAAGCAGCUGGAUCUCUUGGAUAAUAGAUGGGAAGCUCUGCUUAGUAAAGCUGAAACACGGAAUCGUCAAUUGGAAGGUAUCUCUGUGGUAGCACAGCAGUUUCAUGAAACCUUAGAACCGCUGAAUGACUGGCUCACAACCAUCGAGAAGAGGCUGGCGAACUGUGAGCCCAUAGGGACCCAGGCAGCUAAACUUGAGGAACAAAUUGCACAGCACAAAGCCUUAGAAGAUGACAUCAUCAAUCACAAUAAACUUUUACACCAGGCUAUUAGCAUUGGCCAGUCCUUAAAGGUUUUGAGCUCCAGGGAGGAUAAAGAUAUGGUACAGAAUAAAUUAGACUCCUCUCAAGUGUGGUACAUUGAGAUUCAAGAGAGAAGUCACAGCAGGUCCGAGCUCCUCCAACAGGCCUUAUGUAAUGCUAAGAUUUUUGGGGAAGAUGAAGUUGAACUGAUGAAUUGGCUGAAUGAAGUGCAUGACAAACUGAGCAAGCUCUCAGUCCAGGAUUACAGCUGUGAGGGGCUAUGGAAGCAGCAAUCUGAACUUCGGGUUCUUCAAGAGGACAUCGUACUCAGAAAACAAAGUGUAGAUCAGGCAUUACUAAAUGGUUUAGAACUACUUAAACAAACAACAGGUGAUGAAGUCUUAAUAAUUCAAGAUAAAUUGGAAGCCAUUAAAGCAAGGUACAAAGACAUUACCAAACUGAGUGCGGACGUAGCCAAGAUCCUGGACCAGGCUCUGCAGCUGGCAAGACGGCUGCACUCCACGCACGAGGAGCUCUGUGCCUGGCUAGACCAAGUGGAGGUGGAAUUGCUUUCAUAUGAGACUCAGGUUCUGAAGGGGGAAGCUGCAAGCCAAGCACAAGCCCGGCAAAAAGAAUUGAAAAAGGAAACUCAAAACAACAAAGCAAUAGUGGACUCCCUUAACGAAGUGAGCAGUGCUUUACUGGAACUGGUACCAUGGAGGGCCCGGGAAGGACUUGAAAAAAUGGUGGCUGAGGACAAUGAGCGCUACCGAUUAGUGAGCGACACCAUCACUCAGAAGGUGGAGGAGAUCGAUGCCGCCAUUCUGAGAUCACAGCAGUUUGACCAAGCAGCUGAUGCUGAGUUAUCCUGGAUUACUGAAACAGAAAAGAAAUUGAUGUCUCUUGGUGACAUCAGGCUUGAGCAAGACCAGACCUCUGCUCAACUUCAGGUCCAGAAGACAUUCACCAUGGAGAUUUUGAGACACAAAGAUAUUAUCGAUGAACUGGUUAAAUCUGGACAUAAAAUCAUGACCACAUACAGUGAAGAGGAAAAGCAACCAGUGAAGAAAAAACUGGACAAGGUAUUGAAGAAUUAUGAUGCUAUCUGCCAGAUAAACUCAGAAAGAUAUCUACAGCUUGAACGGGCACAGUCCCUGGUGAACCAGUUCUGGGAAACCUAUGAAGAACUUUGGCCCUGGCUGACAGAAACACAAGAAAUCAUCUCGCAACUUCCGGCUCCAGCUCUUGAAUAUGAAACUCUGAGACAACAGCAGGAAGAGCAUCGGCAACUGCGAGAGUUGAUAGCCGAACACAAACCUCAUAUAGAUAAGAUGAACAAAACUGGGCCUCAGUUACUGGAAUUAAGCCCAGGCGAAGGCUUUUCUAUCCAAGAGAAGUAUGUGGCAGCUGACACCCUUUACAGUCAAAUUAAAGAAGAUGUCAAAAGGCGAGCAGUGGCUCUGGAUGAAGCCAUUUCUCAGUCGACUCAGUUCCAUGACAAAAUAGACCAGAUCCUUGAGAGCCUGGAACGCAUUGUGGAGCGCUUGAGGCAGCCCCCCUCAAUCUCUGCAGAGGUGGAGAAAAUUAAGGAGCAAAUCAGUGAAAAUAAGAAUGUGUCUGUAGACAUGGAGAAGCUGCAGCCAUUAUAUGAAACUCUUAAACAGCGGGGAGAGGAAAUGAUUGCUCGAUCUGGGGGAACUGAUAAGGACAUAUCUGCCAAAGCUGUUCAAGAUAAGCUCGACCAAAUGGUUUUCAUUUGGGAGAACAUACAUACGUUGGUGGAAGAAAGAGAAGCCAAACUACUGGAUGUAAUGGAAUUAGCAGAAAAGUUCUGGUGUGAUCACAUGUCACUAGUUGUUACCACUAAAGAUACUCAAGAUUUCAUCCGUGACCUGGAGGAUCCUGGAAUUGAUCCCUCGGUAGUGAAACAACAGCAAGAAGCAGCAGAGGCCAUAAGAGAAGAAAUAGAAGGAUUACAGGAAGAGCUGGAUAUAGUUAUUAACCUGGGUUCUGAGCUCAUCUCCGCAUGUGGGGAACCUGAUAAACCCAUUGUCAAGAAAAGUAUAGAUGAGUUAAAUUCAGCUUGGGACUCUCUAAAUAAAGCUUGGAAAGACAGGGUUGACAAACUGGAGGAAGCUAUGCAGGCUGCUGUUCAGUACCAGGAUGGAUUGCAGGCCAUAUUUGAUUGGGUAGAUAUUGCAGGUGGCAAAUUAGCUUCAAUGUCUCCAAUUGGAACAGAUCUUGAGACUGUCAAGCAACAGAUUGAAGAGCUAAAGCAAUUUAAGUCAGAAGCUUAUCAACAACAGAUAGAAAUGGAAAGGUUGAAUCAUCAAGCAGAACUUUUGCUGAAGAAAGUAACAGAAGAGAGUGACAAACAUACCGUUCAAGACCCAUUAAUGGAAUUGAAAUUGAUAUGGGACAGUCUGGAUGAGAGAAUUAUCAACAGACAGCAUAAGCUGGAGGGUGCUUUGUUAGCACUGGGUCAGUUCCAGCAUGCCCUGGAUGAGCUUCUGGCGUGGCUGACCCACACAGAGGGCUUGCUCAACGAACAGAAACCCGUGGGAGGAGACCCCAAGGCCAUCGAGAUUGAACUUGCCAAGCAUCACGUUCUCCAAAAUGAUGUAUUAGCCCAUCAGUCCACAGUGGAAGCUGUUAAUAAGGCAGGAAAUGAUCUAAUUGAAUCAAGUGCAGGAGAAGAAGCAAGCAACCUUCAGAACAAGCUGGAGAUCUUAAAUCAACGCUGGCAAAAUGUUUUGGAGAAAACAGAACAGCGGAAGCAGCAGCUGGAUGGUGCCUUGCGUCAGGCUAAAGGGUUCCAUGGUGAAAUUGAGGAUUUGCAGCAGUGGCUGACUGACACCGAGCGUCAUCUUUUGGCAUCCAAACCAUUAGGAGGCUUACCAGAAACAGCCAGGGAGCAGCUUAAUGCCCACAUGGAAAUCUGUGCUGCCUUUGAUGUUAAAGAAGAAACAUAUAGGAAUCUGAUGGAGAAAGGCCAGCAGAUGCUUGCAAAAUGCCCCAAAUCUGCAGAGACAAAUAUUGACCAAGACAUAAAUAAUUUGAAAGAGAAAUGGGAAUCUGUGGAAACCAAGCUCACUGAAAGGAAAACUAAACUGGAAGAGGCCCUCAACUUGGCAAUGGAAUUCCACAAUUCUCUCCAAGACUUUAUCAACUGGCUCACACAGGCUGAACAGACCCUUAAUGUAGCUUCUCGGCCAAGUCUUAUCUUGGACACAGUCUUAUUUCAAAUCGAUGAGCACAAGGUUUUUGCCAAUGAAGUCAAUUCUCACCGUGAGCAAAUAGUAGAACUGGACAAAACUGGAACUCACCUGAAAUAUUUCAGUCAGAAACAAGAUGUUGUCCUAAUUAAGAACCUACUGAUCAGUGUUCAGAGUCGAUGGGAGAAAGUUGUUCAACGGUUGGUGGAGAGAGGAAGAUCUCUGGAUGAAGCAAGGAAGAGGGCCAAGCAGUUCUAUGAAGCAUGGAGUAAACUUAUGGAGUGGCUUGAAGAGUCAGAGAAGUCUCUGGAUUCUGAGCUGGAAAUUGCCAAUGAUCCACACAAAAUAAAGACACAACUUGCUCAACAUAAGGAGUUUCAGAAAUCACUCGGAGCCAAGCAUUCUGUCUACGACACCACCAACAGAACAGGGCGUUCUCUGAAGGAGAAAACUACCCUGGCUGAUGACAACCUGAAGCUGGAUGACAUGCUGAGUGAGCUCCGAGAUAAAUGGGACACAAUCUGUGGGAAAUCUGUGGAGAGACAAAAUAAACUGGAGGAAGCCCUGAUAUUUUCUGGACAGUUCACAGAUGCCCUGCAGGCUCUGAUUGAUUGGCUGUAUAGAGUUGAACCCCAGCUGGCCGAAGACCAGCCUGUCCACGGAGACAUUGAUUUAGUGAUGAAUCUGAUCGAUAAUCACAAGGUCUUCCAAAAAGAGCUGGGGAAGAGGACGAGCAGCGUGCAGGCCCUGAAGCGUUCCGCCAGGGAGCUCAUAGAAGGCAGCCGAGACGAUUCCUCCUGGGUCAGGGUCCAGAUGCAGGAAUUAAGUACACGCUGGGAGACGGUGUGUGCACUUUCUAUAUCCAAGCAAACACGCCUGGAAGCAGCUCUGAAGCAGGCAGAGGAAUUUCACUCAGUGGUACAUGCCCUCUUGGAGUGGCUGGCUGAGGCAGAACAAACCCUCCGUUUCCAUGGCGUUCUCCCAGAUGAUGAAGAUGCUCUUCGGACUCUGAUUGAUCAGCACAAAGACUUCAUGAAAAAACUGGAAGAAAAACGAUCUGCACUAAAUAAAGCUACCAGUAUGGGAGAUGCUGUCUUGGCCAUCUGCCACCCUGACUCGAUCACCACCAUUAAGCACUGGAUAACUAUCAUCCGUGCCAGGUUUGAAGAGGUGCUAGCCUGGGCAAAACAACAUCAGCAGAGGUUAGCAAGUGCUCUGGCUGGACUGAUUGCUAAACAAGAACUGUUGGAGGCUUUGCUGGCGUGGCUGCAGUGGGCUGAAACAACACUUAGUGAUAAGGAUAAAGAAGCCAUCCCCCAGGAAAUUGAAGAAGUGAAAGCCCUCAUUGCAGAGCACCAGACUUUCAUGGAGGAAAUGACCAGAAAGCAGCCUGAUGUCGAUAAAGUAACAAAGACCUAUAAGAGGAGAGUGGCUGAUCCUUCCUCAUUACAAUCCCAUAUCCCAGUCUUAGAUAAAGGACGAACUGCAAGGAAAUGCUUUCCAUCAUCAAGCUUAUAUCCCUCUGGGUCACAGACACAAAUUGAAACCAAGAAUCCCAAGAUCAACUUAUUAGUGAGCAAAUGGCAGCAGGUCUGGCUUCUUGCACUGGAAAGAAGGAGGAAGCUUAAUGAUGCCCUGGACCGACUAGAGGAGCUGAAGGAAUUUGCAAACUUUGAUUUCGAUGUUUGGCGGAAAAAAUACAUGCGGUGGAUGAAUCACAAGAAAUCUCGGGUGAUGGACUUCUUCAGGAGAAUUGAUAAAGAUCAAGAUGGGAAAAUUACCCGACAAGAAUUUAUUGAUGGAAUUCUUUCCUCAAAGUUCCCAACAAGUCGCCUGGAGAUGAGUGCAGUUGCGGACAUUUUUGACAGAGAUGGUGAUGGCUAUAUUGAUUACUAUGAAUUUGUAGCGGCUCUUCAUCCAAACAAAGAUGCCUAUAAGCCUGUCACUGAUGCUGACAAAAUUGAAGAUGAGGUGACAAGACAGGUGGCUAAAUGUAAAUGUGCAAAACGAUUUCAAGUUGAACAGAUUGGAGAUAACAAAUACAGGUUCUUCCUGGGAAAUCAGUUUGGAGAUUCUCAGCAGCUGCGACUUGUCCGAAUCCUGCGAAGCACCGUGAUGGUUCGUGUCGGUGGCGGCUGGAUGGCACUUGAUGAGUUCUUAGUGAAAAAUGAUCCUUGCAGGGUUCAUCAUCAUGGGAGUAAAAUGUUACGUUCGGAAUCAAACUCUUCAAUUACUACUACUCAGCCUACCAUAGCAAAAGGAAGGACAAACAUGGAGCUGCGUGAGAAGUUCAUUCUAGCCGACGGCGCCAGUCAGGGCAUGGCAGCUUUCCGGCCUCGGGGCCGAAGAUCCCGGCCCUCCUCCAGAGGAGCUUCACCCAAUCGGUCAACAUCUGUGUCCAGUCAGGCUGGUCAAGUGGCUGCUCCUCAGGUCCCUUCUGCCAGCACCCCCAAGAUUCUCCAUCCUUUAACACGCAAUUAUGGUAAACCAUGGUUGACAAACAGCAAAAUGUCAACUCCUUGUAAGCCAGCAGAGAGUUCAGACUUUUCCGUGCCAUCUGCAGAGGGAACCCCAAUACAAGGAAGCAAGCUUCGACUUCCAGGAUAUCUAUCAGGGAAAGGCUUCCACUCUGGGGAAGACAGUGGCUUGAUAACAACCGCGGCCACCAGAGUCAGGACCCAGUUUGCUGAUCCCAAGAAGACCCCCAGCCGACCCGGAAGCAGAGCUGGAAGCAAAGCUGGCAGCAGGGCCAGCAGCCGCCGAGGGAGUGAUGCAUCAGACUUUGACAUUUCAGAAAUCCAGUCUGUGUGCUCAGACGUGGAGACUGUCCCUCCAACACAGAGACCUACACCCCGAGCAGGUUCUCGGCCAUCCGCAGCCAAGCCUUCCAAAAUACCUACGCCCCAGAGGAAAUCACCUGCCAGCAAACUAGACAAGUCCUCAAAGAGAUAGUGCACCGGGGUCCCACCAACCAUCCUUCCUUGAGCGUUUAUUAUUUAACUCUGAAAACUGUAAAAUACGAUGUAGAAAUUAUUGUGAAAUAUUGUAAGAGGCGAGUUUAAAAUUCUACAGAUGGCCUUAUUUGUGUAUUUGUCUUUUUAUUUUUUAACCUGUAUGAUUUUGGGUCAGAUUACCGGGUUAAAGUCACAUCAUCUGUGGAAGAAAAAGUUUAACAUGCACUAACCCUUCUGCACCGCAAGGUGUGGCUCAUACACUAAAAAGUGAUCACUGUCCCCACAGGUAAGUUCACGUCUUCAGUGACAUCCUCUGCCCUACAUCCCUAGCUAAGGUGAAGGAUGCCUCGUGACAUUUCCUUGUUUAUGUGCAAACUCUGAAAAACCGAACAUUGGAGAUAUAUUUUGAGAUGAUUUCAGUACAAACUAGAGGCAAACAGCAAGACCGACACAUCCACACCCAGUUCUUUAAGCAGAGACCUUCAAUCUGACAGAGAGAUUGCAGGAAGUUGCCUUCAGCACUUAACCGCUGCUCUGAUAGUCCUGAACCAUGCAGCAUUUCUGUGCCAUGGCUUUACACGAGGCCAGAGGUGCCUGAAUAUUACACUUACUAUACUGUAAGAAUAUAACUAAAGUGCAUUCAUUAUAAAUGUGAGGUUUUCUUUUGCUUGAGUGGACAGUAGCACCUGUAUCAUUGAACUCAUUUUGUAUCCGAGCAAUUUUGCUUGCAGAAGGCUAUAAAAUAAAACAUGUCCCUUAACUACAUUGCUAUGGAAUUAAUUUUUUUCCCCAGGGAAAAUCCGUGUAUUUUUUUAUGAGCAAUAUCGAUUUGGAGUGACCAAAAGAUACUUACAAAUGGGUUUAUUUUGAUUUCUCAUCUGAAAUAAUCAUGUUCUAGUAUUAUAUCUAUAUUUAAUAAAUAUAUACAUUUUAAUUUAUUAUGUAUACUCACAUACUAUAGAACAAUAUUAGUAUGCAUUUAAUAAAACAUAUUCACUUGAA